CCGGCGCAGAACGAAAUCGCGCUCUCUCGCUCUCUCCAUCGACCGCCACGCUGCGCAUUCGCCAGAGAAGAACAGAACAACGUACAUCGCGGCACUAAGCAGCUAUUUUUAUAUUAACAGUUCUAGGCGAAACAGCACAGCGCAUGCAACUGAGCGUCGUUGAAAAACCAUAGAAAUACUAUAAUCGACUUUGUUGGUGGCCACACGAAAGGUUUGAGAAAAUUGCCAGGUGAAUGCAAUGAAAAUGAAAUAAAACUGGCGGCUGGCGACGUUUUCAAGCAGUCAACGCGCAUAAUCGUAGCCAGAGAGCCAGAGAGGGUGAGUGGGCGCAGCAAACAACUGUAAAUUGAGUCUUGCAACACUCGCCAGAGGCGCGCGGGUUCCCAGCUAAAGCAGCAACAAAAUGCGGAUUCGUGAAAAACGCAGAAGGGAGAGGGAGCAAAGCAGCCAGGCACAGGCACAGGCACAUGCACAGCCCUCCAGAAAGGAUGACAAGAAGGAUAAGGUAAUCGACGUGGAUGCCGUCGUGAAGCCCAAAGGGCCGACUCUCACACAAAGGUCAUACACCACGACGCCCGACUAUCUGCCCCGACUAUCUGCCGCCGAGAAGGUAGCCUUCGACAACCGCAUCAAGCGCAAGAACGUCCUCGCUCUCAACGAGAAGGUGGCUGCCUUGCGGGAGUACGAUCGCCUCCCAGUCUACAAGCACGUCGGACGGCUGUUUAACUGCAGUCCUGACCAGAUUAAGCGCAUUGUGCAGCAGCGUCAGGAGAUCAUGAACGCCUGGGAGCAGCGGACGCGGCGCACCCAAGACGCAGGCACGAUGGAGACGAAGACGAUGAGGGUGUCGAUGCUGGGCAAGGCAGUGUACGACUGGAUUCGGCGCAUGAUGUACUACAAGGACUUUAUAAUCUCCGACGGCCUCAUUCAGAAGAUGGCGCUGCAGUUCAAGAGCUCCAUGGGGCUUGCACACUUCUUCCCCCACCAGGAGUGGUGCGACAAGUUCCGCAGUACCUACAGCAUCGAAAACAAUGACACAAAGAUGUUGAAGAUCGGCUACACCCAGAGUCACUCGGUCCAGAUCAAGGACAUUGUGAAGGACGUAACGUCGGAGUGCAAGCCUCUGGACAGUACGAACCAGCAGAACGAAGGGGAGGAGGAUCAGGACGACGGGGAAGUGAGCCUGCCAAGCACGUUCAGCAGUCAUGCAGGCGAGGAGGACGAUGAGGUCGAUGUGGAUGGCGGCGACAUUAGUGAGAGGGAAGAGGAGGAGGAUGUGAAGCCAUCGCUGAGCGAACUGAAUCUGGCACGUGCCGUCCACCCACUGCCUCAGUUGGUCAGGCUGCCACUGCCGCUCAACACCAACACACUGCCUGGUACGUCGCAGAAGGUGCUGCUGGCCACGCCCAUUCUCCCACCAGGUGCAAAGCCACCCACCGGUGGGGCACAACCAAUGACCAUGACCAUUAUACCGUUGGCUACGUUGGCCCAGAGCAUAACGAAGCGUCCGUCGUUGCAGCCACAGCUGCCAGAGAAGGGUCCAGUAGUGCCUGCACCCAUGCUCGAGAUCAAGCAGGAAAAGGACAUCAAAGCGGAGCCGAAAGACCCCGAGGAGGAGACGGAAACAGAUAUGGAGGUAGCAGAGGCUAUGGCACCAUCCAAAGCACAACCUGAUCCGGAGCCGGAACCUGUCAUGCGCAUCAAGGAGGAGCCACUUGGAGAAGAUGAUCUUGAGGACGAUGCCAACGGAGGGCGCUCCAGUGUCACAUCGUUGGCCGAAGUCCUGGCCGCCAAUGUGGAGAACGAAAUGGAGUACAUCGAGCAAAUGCGCCAGCGCAGGCUGAGCCCGUCAGCCGAGGGGAUUCCAAAACUGCCACCGAUGCCACCAUUGACCAUGGCGCCGGCAGUCGCACGCCAAGGCAUCAAGCGUCGUCAACCAAUGGACCAUGACGAUAACAACAACGGCGGACAAUCCGCCAGUGGGACGAACGUCAUCAGCUGUGCCGAUGCACGAAAGUACCUGAAACUACUGGAGCAAUUCGCUCUCCACAAGGGGAACUACCGUCUGAUCGGUCUGAUCACCCGAGCCGAUGAGGUUAUGCGGGAGGUGGAUGACGCCUUAUCGUAGGAUAAUUCAGAGUCAGGGAACCAUAAUAUGCUUCAGCCAAAGAGCAAGCCAGUCUUAAGCUUAGUUCGUAGCCAGGCAUCUCGAAGACGCACUCAAUCACUAGCCGUAAGGUAUACAUAUCUAGUUUGUACUCGAACCAAAUACACUAAACCGAAAUCAUUUCGUUCCUUGCGUCAUUGUUACAAUCUCGAUAUGGAAUAUUAGUACCUAUGCACUACAUAUAUAUAGAUUCAGACAUGUACAUGUGUAGAUGUGUGUACACCUAUUCAUGGCCAGCACAAAAAGUCGGCUAAAUAUAUGCGCUGUAUAGCCAGUGCGCAGGUCUGCCCUUAGCUGCCGGAUAGAUGGUGGUCCGGCCGGGCUGCCGCUCUCACCAAUCAAACAUCUGUUUUGAUUGCACCUGAGAGUGUGUGGUGUGGUGUGCGUGUGAGAAUGGUGGGCGCUGUCUGAGAGUGCGUGUCAAGAAUAUACAAACGUAUACAGUUCGAAUAAAGUUGAGCAUUUUUCAUAUGGCA